AAUGGUGCUAGUUGCCGCUGUCAAAGCGGGAAUGUAGAAAUCAAGUUUGUUGAUUCCAAGUGAUUGUACCUGAGCGAUACGCGGCCUUAUAAAACAAUUUCACCAGACACAAUGCCGCCGAGUAGCCUUCGAGUCGUCUACGCGUUCGCCAGAGAAAUGCAUCCAAAAACAACCGACGUAUUCAUUCAAUACGGCACUGCCGGAUUCCGUACCAAAGCCAGCCUUUUAGAACAUGUAGUUUAUCGUAUGGGCCUCCUUGCCGUGCUCCGAUCCCGUGUCAAAAAUGGUCGCACAAUCGGCAUCAUGAUAACCGCCUCCCACAACCUCGAACCCGAUAACGGUGUCAAACUUGUCGACCCGGAUGGUGAAAUGUUGGAAGGCAGCUGGGAAGAAAUUGCUACAAGGCUCGCUAAUGUCAGUGACAAUGACUUAGAAUCGACAACGGGGGAGAUUAUAAAACAAGUAAACGCCGAUAUGUCUCUGAAGGCAAGCGUCUUCAUUGGAAUGGACACAAGGUACACAAGCCCCCGUCUCGCAGCGGCAGCAGUCCACGGUGUUAUGGCCCUUAAAGGAACAGCCAAAGAGUUUGGUAUAGUCACAACACCUAUGCUACACUUUUGCGUUAAGUGUCGCAAUGAUAAUACAUAUGGGACACCCACCGAAGAAGGGUAUUAUGAAAAAAUAGUGGGUGCGUUUAAAAAUAUUUGCCAGAAGUUGCCAGUAGUUGACAAAUACAAUACGACGCUGUAUGUGGACGGUGCCAAUGGCGUUGGGGGGAAAAAACUGAAUAUAAUCAAGAAAACUUUAGAUGGAGAACUUGAUUUAGUUCUCUAUAAUUUAGGGGGGAAUGGCGGGAAAUUAAAUUUAAAUUGUGGUGCAGAUUACGUGAAAGUAUCUCAGAAACCUCCAGUGGGAGUGGAACAUGCUCCUUUCCAAAGAGUUGCCUCACUAGAUGGGGACGGUGACCGACUUGUGUAUUACUACUUGGACGAUAAAAAUGAAAUGCACUUAUUAGAUGGUGACCGUAUAGCUAUCCUGCUAGCGAGUUAUAUAACAGAGCUAUUGAAGGUCUGUGGGACCCAUUUGCGCCUUGGUCUUGUACAGACCGCUUAUGCCAAUGGAGCAUCUACUCGGUAUAUUACUGAGGAUUUGAAAAUUCCAGUUACAUGCGUUAAAACGGGUGUGAAACAUCUGCACCAUGCAGCGUUGGCCUACGACAUCGGGAUUUACUUUGAAGCUAAUGGACACGGGACCGUUGUGUACAGUGAGGACGCUAAGAAUUCUAUCAGGAAGGUGGCAGACAAAGGGGACACAGAACAGAGGAAAUCAGCGCAACUCCUACUCAAUUUCAUCGACGUUACCAAUGAAACGGUGGGCGAUGCAAUUUCUGACCUCUUCCUUGUGGAAAGUGUACUCCGAGCCCGAGGUAUCUCCGUUCAAGACUGGGAGCAACAGUACACCGACCUGCCUUGUAGACAGUUGAAGGUUACUGUUCAGGAUCGUAACGCCAUAUCAACAGCCGACGCUGAACGACAGUGUACGGCUCCCGAAGGGUUACAGACGAAGAUAAAUGAAUUAGUGUCACAAUACCCUAGCGGUAGGUCGUUUGUAAGACCAUCGGGUACUGAGGACGUUGUAAGGGUGUAUGCGGAGGCGGAUACGCAGGAGUCAGCAGAUAAAUUAGCGUCGGAAGUAGCUCAAGCGGUAUUCGAUUUAGCUGGAGGCGUCGGUAAAAGACCGGAAUUACCUGAAUAACAUAGAAAAUAUAUAAUAUCGAUCUGAUACUGUAAUAUACAAAUUAUUUUAACCAAUUGGCAUAGUACUUUCUAAAAUUCUUUUAAAAUAUUUCCUUUGUAAUUUCAUUAGUAAAUAAACAAUACAAAUCGUUACCAUCAGAUGACAAAACAGAGUCCUUGAAGCUAUUAUUAUAGCAUAAACCUCUUUCGUUUUUCAAUUACCUCAUAUUUUCCAAACCGUUGAAGGGAUUUAUAUAAUAGUAAACGGUUACCGUAGCUUAUGAACUCCUCAAUACCUGCAACGCUUGUAAACUGUAUCACAUUAAUAUUUUUUUAUGCAUUUUAAUUAUUCCAGUUAAUUCGUUAGCAAUAUUACAGUACAUUUUUUAUCGGCAGAACUUUAUACAGCUAAUAUAUUUUGAUUCUGAUUUGAUUAAGUUUUACAAUUUAAUCAAAUCAGAAUCAGUUUUAUAUAAUCGCUAAAUUAUAUUCAAUAUUUAUAAUAAUCGUGUAAUUUAAUUGUGUUUGAAAAUUCGCAAAAGUAAUAAAUGUAAAUCCAUUUUUUCACCGUCCAUAUUAAAUGUAGUGAGCACCAAACAAAGAGUUGUGAUUGUUAAAUGUUUCAAAGAUUUUACUAGUCUAAUGAGAUAACAGUACAACGCUCUACUAGUCGGAAAUGUGAAUGCAUAGUGAUUGGGCUAUUUUCUGCACAAAAUAUACUUUGUAUGGACAGUAAUUUUUUUUUAAUCAGUUUAGUAAAGACUGCCGAUUGUUGCUCUCUUUUUCAAUUAUUGAAAUGCUGAAUUUAUAAUUAUUAUAAUAUAUUUAUAAAAAAAAAAAAACAUUUUUAUUUUGUAGAUAAUAAAUCAAUUAUCGGUAAA